AGAAUGUAUUCGAUAAAGCUCCUUCUCGUUGUAUUGAUUCCAUCAUUAAACGCUUUUGUAGAUUUGAACAGAACGACGCAGCUCCUCAGAGGCCCGGACAUAUAUCAUGGUCUUUCGCAUCUCUCUGUAUCUAAUGCAGCAAGUCCUGCACGCUGCGAGAGUGGAUGGACAUUAUUCGACAAAACCGAUGCCUGCUAUAAGACCUUCUUCGGGGAGAUGUUUGAAGCUGCGGAAAAUACGUGUAUCACUGUUGGCGGACAUUUAACUUCAAUCCACAGCUUUGAAGAAAAUACGUUUAUAGCCGAGCUCGCAAAAAUGGAUAGACCCGCAUCUUAUCAAGAUCAAACAUGGAUAGGACUACAUGUUGAAACAAACAGCAGGAACUGGACGUGGACUGACGGCACAAAAGUUGAUUUUGAAAUCUGGGGUCCGGAUUGUCCGACUCGUGGACAGGGAGACUGUGCACGGGUGCUCAGUGAUGUUGCACCCUUCGACCCGGAUGGAUUAUGGUUUCAUAAAUGGGCAGAUUAUCCUUGCAACCAAAAAAUGAGGACGUACGUAUGCAAAAAAAUGGCUUUACACUAGGUAGUACCUAUUAGGUUGAUUCAAAAGUUCUGUCGUUUUGAUUUAGAAAAAUUUGUAACUGCUUCCUAUGUAAACUUUUCAUUUACAAAAAUAUUUCCAGAUAGAAAAAUUGAUCCUC